UUAAUAAUAACCGACGUAGGGUUCUGCUUAUACUACACGUGCGGGUUAGUUUUAUUUAAAACAAAAUAAAAUAUAAAUUGUUUUUAACUAAAUUUGCUAGUGUUUUUUUAAAUAAUGGCAGUUCCUAAAAUCGAAUUAAAUGCAAAACCUAAAAAAAUUGUAUUUGAUGAUGAUGGUGAAGUCAUCACUGAAACAAAACAAAAAUCGAAAAAUAAAAAGCAAAAGUCGUCCGGGAAAAAUGAACAUGAUGAAAGUGUAGACGAUAUCAAAACUGAAGAUGAGGCACAAAAUGCUGAAGAGGAUGAGGAGGACUAUUUUGCCAAACGGGAAAAGAAAAAAACAAAACAACAAUUUGAAAACAUUGAAAAGGCUUCAGAGACACAGAAAAAAUGGUAUUAUGUGUUUCCGCAAUUUCCAGCUAGCGAGGAAAUUUUAGAUAUGAAAGACAGUGAACAAAUGGAACUACACAACAUUUGCCGCUCUUCUUAUGAACAGGAAAAAGUGAUAUUUUUAAAAAAUAAUCCCUCCGAUGCUAGAUGGCUUCAAACUGCCCUCCACAAGGGUACAGCAAAGGAUCGUGCUAAUGCUGGUGCCUUAUUGGUGACUAGCAAUCCUCUAGCUAAUCUUGACUCACUUUCCACUCUUAUCAGUUUCACUAAGAUAUCAAAUAAAUCUAGUGCUGAAGUUAUAGCCAUAGUUACAGACUUGUGGAAAGAGGUAUUGCUGCCACCUCAUCGUAAACUAUAUUCUCUUCACAUGCGUGGUGCUGAUUGGAAAUUGGUACGUAAGGAUACAAACCUCACUAAAGAACAGCAAAGGAAAAUCUAUGCUUAUUGGCAUUUUGAAAAUGAGCUAAAAGAUCAGUAUUUUGAAUUUUUAAAAAAUAUUCAACAAGGCAUCCAGACGGGACAGGAUAACAAUAAAACUGUCUCUAUAUUAACAGCAUCACAGUUGUUAUCAUUUGCUCCCGAAAAAGAACAAAUGUUACUGACCAUGCUGAUCAAUAAGUUGGGUGAUCCAGUGGCUAAGAUUGCCUCAAAAGCUUUACAUCAUUUGACCGAUGUGGCUCACAGACAUCCCAAUAUGUGUGGUGUAAUAGUUAAUGAAACUGAAAAGUUACUCUUCCGUAAUAAUAUCUCGGAGCGUGCUCAACAUUUUGCUCUUUGCUAUUUGGCUAGCAUAGCACCUGCAGGUCGACCGGAAGUCUGUACAAAAUUAGUACACAUUUGUUUUUCCCUCUUCAAGGUUUUGGUACAAAAAGGUGCCAUCAAUAAUCGCACAAUGCAGGCCAUCUUACGCUGUUUACAGAAAGCCAUCUUAGAAGCUAAGCCUGCUGCUGGAAGCACAGAGUUGUUAAGCAAAGAAAUGCAAGAUACCAUCUAUCGUUUGGUGCAUUUGGCGGAUAUUCGUGUAUCCAUACAGACGCUUGGUUUAUUACUGCAAUUGGUUACCGUCAAGACAGAGAAAAGUGAUCGUUUCUAUAAUGCUUUAUACAUAAAGAUGCUUGACAUGAAUCUAAUCACGAUUGGUGUUAAAAGUGCUGCUCAACUGUUGCACAUUGUCCACAGAGCCAUUUUUAUCGAUGCAAAUAUACCUAGAGCUCAAGCAUUUAUUAAACGCUUGCUGCAGUUGGCCUUAUGCAUGCCCUCAAAUGUAGCUGCAGGUUGUUUAAUAGUUAUACACAAAUUAUUGCGUAGUCGCAAAGAACUGUGCCUUGAACAGGAUAGCAAGUCUAGCAACGGUACUAAUACCAUAAAAGUAUCAGUGACUGACGAGGAAUUGGCAAAGUUUGAUAGUGAUGGUGAAGAAAAAUACGAUGAUGUUAAAGAUACUAGUGAAGAAAAGAUUGAGGAAAAGAAGCCGGAUACAAGCAAUGUUGAAUCGUCAUGGCAUCAUUCCAAAGUAGCAGCAUGUGAGAGUGAAGGCAAGGUGCGUGAGUUGAAUCCCAGUAAAUAUGAUCCUUAUCAUAGAGUACCAGCAUUUGCGGGAGCCGAAUACUGUCUACGCAACGAGCUACUAUUGUUGAGGGAACAUUUCCAUCCUACAGUUCAAGUUUUUGCCGAAAGCAUUUUAAAUAACAAACGUAUUGAUUACUAUGGUGAUCCAUUGCGUGAUUUUGGUUUGCCCCAUUUCCUGGAAAGAUUUUCUUUCAAAAAUCCCAAAAAGUUGGAUCAAGAAAAAUCCAAUGUCACUACAAUAGGUCACAAGCAUUAUGUUUCAUAUGGUCCUCGUGGCAUGCCAGUAAAGUCUUUAACUCGUAACAAUUGCAGUGAAGAGGAAAUGUUUAUAUUUAAUUAUUUGGAACAAAAACGCAAGCAAUCGGUUGUGGCGAAAACUUCUGCUGAUGACGAUGAAGAAGAGGCUGAGGGCGAUUUGAAAGCGGGAGAUGUGGAUGAUGAUGAAUUUGAACAAUAUCUUGAUGGAUUCUUUGGUAAAAAAUCUAAGAAAGAGGACAAACAUGAGCCGGGUGAAGAAGAAUUAGACUUUCUCAAAGAGUUUGAGGGUGUACUGGGUGGCGAGUCUAAAAAGAGUAAAGGAAAAGCCAAGAAAAAGGUUGCUGAUGAUGAAGAGGAUAAUAUGGAAGAUAUUGAUGCUGAUUGGGGUGACGAUGAUGAGGAUGAUGAUGACAAAGGAAGCGAUUUAUCAGAUGAUGAAGAGGGUUCUAUUGAUUUUGAUGCAAAUGCUGAGGAGGAUGAUGAAGACGAUGAUGAUGCUUCUAUAUCUAUGGAUGAAGAUCUUGACGACGAAGAUGAACAUAGCAUAGAUAGUGAUUCAGACGAAGAUGGGGAAGGUGAACCAAAACAUAAAAAAUCUAAGAAGGACGCAUUAACAGAUAUGAACGAACGUAACUUUGCUAAAAAGUUAAAACAUAGCGAUGACAUGAGUUCCCUCUUUGCGGCUGCUGACGACUUUGCUGAAUUGUUAGAAGAAACUGGCAAAACUAAGGGCCAAGGUACCUUGAAUGCUGUUUUCAAUACAGAUAAAUCCUCCGAAAAACAAUUGAAAUGGGAAGAACAAAGACGUUCGAAUAAUAAAUCGUAUAAAAAUAAAUCAAAACCAAGUGGCGGUAAAAUGUUUUCCAAAAAACGUAAACAUUAAUAUUAAUUAAUAAUUUAAUAUUUUACUUACAACUAGUUAUUGUUAAUAAUAAAUAAAAAAAAUCUAUACAUAUAAA